AAAAUAUCUAGAUCUGUCGACGCCAAGUGGAUGGCCCACAUGCUCUGAAAAUCGUGCAAUUGACUGAAACUUGCACUGCAGCCGCCAUGUUCUUUAUAAAUCGGUUGUCGAGUUUGUUACACGAUUUUGAUUUGACUUUGCAUAGACUCGUUAGUCCAGCCAAAAUGUAACUCCAUAAUUUCAGCCUAGUUCGGAAUGUGAACUGUUAUAGUCAGUUAACUCCUUUGCCUCGGGAAGAUGUAUGAGACAGAAGAUAUCUGAAACAGCCUCUUGAAGAAAGACCCUGAACUGAUUAUAUGAUAGAUCAUUAAUACUAACAUGGGGGAUAUUAAUAGCAUUACCCCGAACUUUAUGAAUAUAUCUUGAUACAGCUAAAAUAAAGAUGAAAAGGAAUCUUCUUCAGCCAGUGAUCAAACCAAGAAAGAAGAAAUGUAUUAAUUAUAUCAGUCGAAUGAGACAAAAUAUAAACAUAAAUAUUCAGUAAAUCUAACUCCCUGUAAAAACGUAAAUAUAUGUGAUGUGUAUUCAUGACAUCUCUUUGAAAGCCAAAUAUAAGUUCGCUUGCUGGGCAAUAUAUAAUUAUUAUAAAGAAAACAAGGUAGCAAUCUGGAUGUGUAGAAAAUCUAUGUAUAUUUAGAUGGGUCGUGUCUCGUCUCUCGCCUAGUAUGCCACUUGAGAGAUAAGCCAAAACUUGCAUGUACAUGUGCAUAUGCUUUGAUGAUCCCUAACAGGUACACAUUCCUCUGUUUCAUAGACUGUGGAGCCUGUAGUUUACUAUAACGUGACUACACUAUUUCUCUUCUUCAUUUUACAAGGACGACGGGUAAGCCAUACUUACAAACCAUGACACACUCAAACUACUGCUAUGUUUUGUGUAGAUGACGCGAAUAGCCUUAUGUGCCGUUUAAUUUGUAUUGCAUAGGAUGAUAAUUUAUGUCCCUAAUACAUAUUAGUGGCUUGUAAUUGUAAGUCUUAGCCUGGGCCCACUUGCACGGAUAGAUGUCAGUGCUAAGAUGAGCGCAAAUCCAACACUUUAACAAUCACAACUGAGCAUGAGCACGAAAGGUCCAGUAGUCUGAGGCACUUCAGUUCACCAUGUAGAGUUGCGUCCCUUGGGAAAUCUAGAAACCCAGGACUGUAGGUUCGAAUUACGCUUCGCUAUGAUUCCUUUCCAUGUUUGUCAAUGUGCUCGUGGGUUUUCCAAAGUGGUGAACGGGUAAACUUCAGAGACCUGCAUCACGUCCGGAUUUCCUUCCACAUUGAGUUGAAUGUGGCGUGAUAUAACUUGAAUACAGUUCAAAGCGGCCGUGAUCCAUGCAUGGAAACAUGUCCAUCUUACCAUAUUUCCUGUAAGUGCUGGAAGUACCAAUGGCAAAUGUGUAAAAUUCCAGGUGUAGGCGCUCCUCGCUAAUGUCAGUUAUGUAGAUUUUUUUCUGUUAUCAGUGCACAGAUCCAACGAAACGAGAUAGCAAAUGACAGAAGAUUGUUGUGUUCCGAUUACAAUUGAACAGUUACUUCUUUCAGAUGUAUAGUAUUGUUAUGUAUAUGGUGCAGAUGCAGUGAUCAUUGUGAAAUACAUUGACAAACUUCCACAUUAGCCUGUGUAAAGUUUUAUACACACAGGAAACAACAAGUCAGGCUUGAGCAGCAAAAACUUCCGGAACUUCCCUCUCGGACUGACAAUUCCUUUCUUUAUCUCUGUGUUAGGUGUGGUAGCGCUAUUAUAAAAACAAUAACAACGAUAUCUUAAAUUGUUUCAUCAAUAUUUUAUCAAUUUAAAUUCUUACCCAUAAGACCAGGCUCACAAUUAAGAUCUUAAAUGUCUCAUUGUGGAUUGUUUCUGAGCAAAUACAUAAUCUGUGCGCUUUACAUUGUCCACAUGUAUACAUUUACAUUUGAUGCUUAACACAUAAUUCCCCAUUGUCUCACUCUGCUAGCUUAAGCAUACUUGGCCAUAGUUUUAAUACUUCAUUUACGAACAGUUAUCUGCCAUUGGUUUGAUCAUUUUAUGCAUCUGUGGUACAAAACAUACUGGUUUCUACUUAUCUAUAAUGACGUACUUCUGUGCAUUCCAUCAUGUAGAUAACAUUCAUGUUUAUGAUUCUAAGUGAUACUUUAGCUUCUAAUCAACCAAGAUACACAACCUGGUGCAGAGAGACUCUGGCGAAAGAACAUGCAUCAUGCAGAAAUUAUCAGAAAGAACCUACCUUUACUCAAAAGUGACCUGCACCCAGAAGAGGUGCUUGACAGCCUGUGGUCUACCGGAGCAUUCAGUGAGUUGGAGUAUAGGAGCUGUAAAGAAGAAGACAAGAAACGAGCACAGACUGAAAAGCUGCUGGAAAUAUUGAUGAAAAGGGAAGAGGAUGUGUAUAAACAAUUCUGUGUAGUGCUACACGAAAACCACAGACACCUCAAAGAGCAGUUGGACAAAACAGCGAAACAUGAAGAUUCUCCAAGCCUGGUAUUUGUCAGUGAGACAGAGGUACAGGAGCGGGUGUCUGUAAUGGAACAGAAGGUUGCUGUCUUGCAGGAGGCACUAGAUGAUUCGAGACAAGAAGCACAACAUACCAAGGCUGAAUGGGAGAAGGAUGUCAAAGAAUUAAAUGUGCAGCAUGGACAGCAGGAAACAUCUUUAAAGAAGGAAAAUAGCAUAUUGUCAAAGCAGCUGGAGCAGGAGAAGAACAGGACGAAAGCGGUUCAAGCAAUGUUAGAAGAGGUGAAAGGCAAAAAUGAAAGUAUGUCCAAGGAUUUGAAAGAAAUUGAGCAAAAGUUUGAAGCCCUUACCACCAUUCACACUGACAGAGAGACCAGAGAAAAUAGUGGUUCAAUAACAUCUCAAGCGACUCUAGUGGAGGAAACUGGGUGUGUUCUGAAAACUUCUUCAGGUUGUGACACCAGACAACUGCUCCUGUUGCCAUGUCUCCAUGCCGCCUGUAAACCCUGCAUUGACCAGCUCGACCAGCAGAACAUUGUGUGUUCAUGUGGGCGAGACAUCAACAUGGUGGAGGAAAGUGGAACAGUCGACUUCGUGAGAAGAAAUGAAAUCACAUUUGCAAAAGAAAAACCUGAAUGUGAAUACCAAACAGAACAAUGCAAGGGGGACGUUGUACAUCAUUGUAAGACGUGCAACAUAUCUAUGUGCGCUAAUUGCACAACGAAACACGAGACGGCAAGAGCAAACUCUGAACACACGGUUGUACUGGCUGAGGAGUUUAAGAAAAUGCCAAUUCGGGAACGACUAGGUCUCUCGACCUGUUCAACUCAUCCUCGUGAAAUUGUCAAAUAUUUUGACAAACAAUGCAACACAUCAGUUUGCGAUGUGUGUAUCAGAGGAAACCACACCGACCAUGGUAUUAAAGCACUGGAUGUAGCAUUUAAAAAAACUGAAGAGAGUCUUGUUAACAAAGUUCGUCAGCACAAGGAAUAUCUGGAGAAGAUAAAGGCCUCCUCCAGACAGCAACAGAUCCGGGUUACAGAGCUGGAGGAAAGGGCAGAUCAAGUGAAGAAGGAAAUAGCUGAUGUCCAUAGCGGCCUUGCUCUGAGUUUGGUUCAAAGGUUAAAGCAUCACACCCAGAAAAUAGAAAAUCAAGUAGAGGAAAACAGAAGUAUUCUCCGGAAAGAUAUGGAAUGUCUGGAGACCAAUAGCUCAGCUGUACUGACUACAUUAGGUUAUGCUGAAAGAGCCAUGGCAUCUACAACACACGCCCAAUUCAUGAAUCUGUCAUCUACCAUUGUCAGCAAGAUAGACGAAGACCUUCUCCGGUCUCUUCCCGAAGAUUCAGUGAAGUCACAGUCCAUGAGUUUCAUUCGUCAAGGACAUAGAGCUCUUCACGAAUUGGUUGAAAUGUUUGGCACCUUCAGCACCUCUGACAAGGGCGUAGAUGAACUAGAUACCAUGCCGACCAUAACAGACUUGCAAAAUGAGAUCGUCAUUUUCAAAGAUCAGGAAAAGGACUUCAAAAUGGAGAGGAAACGCUUGAUAGAAAAUGCCACGUUCUUAAACCUGGAAUCCCUAGGAAUAUACUUCCUGGAUGCAGGAAAGAUUGACUGGUCAUCUAUCCUUCAGUGUAUACAUCUGAAGUAUGACAAAGACAGAGUCAAUCUCGACUGGGCUCACAUCAACACAGAAGGAGACCUGGUCAACAGGGAGUCGGACACCAGACCUGCAGGGGAGGGGAGACUGAAGAAGUACUGGGGCACAUGUAGCACUGCCCCCCUCCCCCGGGCUGGCUGUCCCCAGUACUGGGAGGUGUUGAACAGGGUCAGUCUGGACAAACCACUCACAGAGGGCGUCCUCAUCCUGGAGGUGGGUGUAUGCAGGGAGGAGCAGAGGGACGUGUAUCAUUCUAUCAAUGCACGAUCCAGCUCCUACAGCCUGGAUGUCUCCCUCUGUCCUACACACGGCGGGAUAUGCAGGAGGACACGGAAGGAGGAGGAGCGUGUGCUGUGUCUGCCUGACACUCUCCCCAACACAGCAGGGGCAUCACACACACUACAUUACGGUGUUGUCUAUGAUGACACCAGGAAGAAGAUUGUCUUCAUUGAUGUGAAGGAGAACAAAGUGAUGUCGACGUUAGACAAUGUAGACUCUAGUCAGACACUGUGGCCGAUGUUCGGGGUGUAUAACCCAUCUGUCCUCACUGUCAGCAUGACACUUGUAGUGGGCAGCGACAUCAACAUGACAGAGGAGAAGAAAUCAAUGAUUGUCAAGGCGCUGUCGUGAUGGUGCCAAUGAUUGUCAAGGGCUGUCAUGAUGGUGACAAUGAUUGUCAAGGCGCUGUCGUGAUGGUGACACUGAUUGUCAAGGCGUAGUCGUGAUGGUGACAAUGAUUGUCAAUGCGCUGUCGUGAUAGUGGCAAUGGUUGUCAAGGCGUAGUCGUGAUGGUGACAAUGAUUGUCAAGGGCUGUCAUGAUGGUGACAAUGAUUGUCAAGGCACUGUCGUGAUAGUGGCAAUGGUUGUCAAGGCGUAGUCGUGAUGGUGACAAUGAUUGUCAAGGGCUGUCAUGAUGGUGACAAUGAUUGUCAAGGCACUGUCGUGAUGGUGACAAUGGUUGUCAAGGCAUAGUCGUGAUGGUGACAAUGAUUGUC